UCAACUUCACUCAAAAUCAUAUUUAAAUGAUUAUCAUAUGCCUAUAAAUUCAAAUAAAUGAAAUUAACUUUAAUGUAUAUUUACGUGGAGUCGCCCCCUUAUUUCGCGGUCAUGCCUCAUUUUAACAUAUAUUUUUUCAUCCAAACUCAAUUUAAUCAAAUCAAAGGGUUCUUCUAUAGCAUUAGCGGGAAAAGUCUGUAUAAAUAAUUUUUAUAACAUAUCAUCAUUUUAUCACCUCUUCUUCCUCGGCCAUUAAAAUUUAUCAAUAAAAAUUUUAGCGUGAUUAACAGGUGCCUUGUCAGACAUAAGAAUAUGGAUGACAUCCUAUCUUUUGAAAUUCUAAACUAUUAUUAAAAGCAGGUAAACAUGUGAUUAAUAUAAAAUAUGACAAAAGAUUAAAAAAUCAUGUUGUCUUUAUUUCAUAAGAUAUAUGACCCUCUGGAUUAUGAAAUGUUUUUAAAUAAACAUAAAAAAUCUAUAGAUCAUGAUGUUUUAUGUAAAAUAUUCAAAAUUCCGAUUGAUAAUAUAACUAUUAUAAAAAUUCCAAGAAGCAAUAUGCAAUUUAAAUUAAAUUAUUCUCGAAUUAAAAAUUCCAAUAAUUAUAUGAAAGAUUUGGUUCAAAUUUAUAAGAAAUAUGAAAGAUUCAAUGCAACAUAUAUAAUAAAAAUGCAACAAUUAUAUAUAAUUGAAAUAAUUGAUCAACUUCCUGUUCAAAUUUAUGAGAUAGAUAUAAAGCUUAGUGAAGUUAAUGAAAUUGUAAAUUCUGGUACCAAUUUUAACAAGCAUAUUAAUGAAGAAGAUAUUAGAUCUACCUCAGGAGAUCCUCUAUUGUUAGAUAUAUUAGAACAACAUCAUAAUUUGACUCUACAAGAUAGUCAAGAUAAAAUUAAUGAGUCAUUUAGAAGCCAAGAUAGACAUAAAACAUUAUUUGAUUUAUAUUAUCAUCAUAUGCCUGGUAACACACGUGGAUAUUCUAAAUUUCUAUACACACCCUUUGAACAUUUUGGAUACCAACUUAUUUUUAGAUGCAAUAAUGUUAGUUUCAAUCUGGAGAUUGAACCAAUCUAUUGCUCAGCUGCACUAUAUGACCUGAAUUGUAAAAAGAAAAUAUCGGAAAACUUUUAUUUCGACAUAAAUUCUGAAAAUCUCAAUAAGCUAACCACAAAAACCUCAAGGGAUGGCUCCAAUAGCCCCUAUAACAGUUAUACAAAUUACUCUUGCAUUUUUGAAAUAAGCCACCCAUCUCCAGACAUUUAUCUGGUUAUCAGGUUCGAGAAAAUUUUACAACAGGGAGAAAUAUCGGAAGUGAUGGAACCAUAUCUUAAAAACAAUUUAGAUGAAAAGACCAAGGAUAAAAUAAGGAGUAACACAAAGGAAAAUAAUGAACUUUUGGGUAAGUAUCGAAUGCCCUUUGCCUGGACAGCCAUCAAUUUAAAUUCGUUGAUUUUAUAUAACUCCGGCGAUUAUACUACAAAAAAUAUCAGAAAUAUCAAUAACAACAAUAAUAGCAGCAAACACGUUUCAUUGGAAAGAGGGCUUAGUCUAGACCGGAAUCAUAAUAACUAUUUGAGGAUCAUAUCAUCCAAUUUUAGUCUUGACAAAAUUCAACAAUCCAACCAUAACUCAUCACCCGCCUCUUCUUCUCGUAACUCUGCUUCUAACAUCACCUUCGGUGGGGAGGCUGACGAAAUCGAUUGCGCGCGUUCUUUCGAAUUACAGUCCGAAUUUGAGUAUUGCCCUCUGUGUACUUGCGAACAAGUCCGAAAAUAUCGGCAUUUAGCCACGUUUAAACCUUUCACUAUCACGAUGGACUCCGUUUUCCGUCAGGAAUCUGACAAAAUUAGCGACGAAGAGUUGUUCAAAAAUCUCACAGACCUCAAAAAGAGCAACUCCUACAACAAUCAAAAACACUAUGGGGACCCAAACUCAUCUAUUAACAAUUCCAUCCUAUUCACCGUAAAGAAAGGUGUUAACAAAUCAAUCAUACCACUUAACAUGAAGAUGGAAUUCACGCCCGCCCCGGUUACCCUCGCCACCAUCGCAGGAGGUACCAGCGAAUUUAUCGAUAAAGACAAUUGUUUCGGGAAAAUUAAUAAUAAUUACCAGGUCUCAUCACCGAACAACUCGUCGCCUUUGUUUAACUCACAAAUGAAACGAAUAAUAGAAUUUCCAAGUCGGCCUCUAUGCCAUCCUCAUCACACUUACAAAAACUUGCUUUACGUUUACCCUAAAAGGGUUAAUUUUUCCAAUUUCAAGUCUGUCACUACCUCUUCCCGCAAUAUAGGUAUAAAAGUGGAACUAUUGAAAUGCGAAGGGGUGAAGUUGAACAACGUUUUUGCGUCAAAUAAUUCAUUAUCUAGUGAUGAUCAUCCAUCGAAUGAUUUUAACGGGAAUCUCACUGAUCACUAUACCACUACGGUGCUUUAUCAUAACAAGAACCCCGACUUUUAUAAUGAGAUUAAAAUUGUUCUACCGUCAGAAUUUUCGGACGAUUCCGAUUCGUACAAUAAUGACGACACCCAUUUGCUCUUCACCUUCUUUCAUGUUCGCUGUAAUUUAUCUCCAUCUUCCCAUUCUUCCUCCCAGGUCGUUCCGCAAGAAUGUUUAGGUUACAGCUGGCUCCGUUUAAGCGACGCCCUUAAUUUCAAUUCAGGGGAAGAUUGUUGUUUGCCCGUGUGUUUGGACCCAACACCACCGCGCCACUAUCCGUCAAUAGGGCCUGAAGUAGCUUUACCUCGCGUGCGCUGGCUCGAUAACCACAAGCCCGCCUUCGAAUUACGAUUCGAACAUAAAUCAACCCUAAGAUCGAAAGACGCUCGCAUUAAUAAAGUAGUUUUGGAUGAUAAAUACAAUAACUCUGCGUUGAGAGGAGCAGGUGCCAGAUCUGGAGUGGAAGAGAUUAAGGAAGCCCUGUUGGCUUUAGCGGCUGUACCAGCUAUCGAUCUGGCUCCCUUCAUCUAUCCCUUGUUAAAUGUUAUAUUGAAAUGGUUUGUGACGCCUUUAAUUAAUAAGGAUCAUUGUGUUAGUCUCACGCCAAUCGCCUUUGAAGCCCUAACAAACAUACUGCAUAACCUUGCUACCUGCGUAUAUUUUAUGCUUAAUGCAACGGACGAUGAAAUUGGCCUUAAAAAUAUAAGCCAUAAAGAAUCUGUUGGCACUCCCGAUAACCCAUGGUCACCCUUGACAGGAAAUGAUAAAUGUGAUCUACACCACACAACAAAUAGGAAUAUCACCGGAUGUUCUUUCGCGUUAGACUUGUUGAAUUGUUUCCUUAAUAACUUUUCCAUUUGUCAAGAUAAUGCCGAUUAUCUAGAAAAUAACAUUUUUCUCAAUUCUUUUUCUCCUCAAGGUGACUUCAAGCUCGAAUCCAAUAUACCAACUUCUCAUUCCAACAAUGCUUUCGGUGGCCCAUCUUAUGGCACUCUAGGUCGCAAAAAAUCAUCAAAUAGCAAACUCUCUCAUACCACCAAUCUAGAAUGCGAACACUUCCUAUACUAUCAAACUAGUAAAUCCAAAAGCAUUAGCGAUCCUGAUCUGAAUAAUCAAAUGUUGGUUCCAGAGGUAAACAGUCCUAAAAAACGACUACUCCACGAGGAAUGCUGUCUACAGUUUGUGGUAUCCAGCGGGAGGGUUAAAGAGAAAGCUCUAUCUAGCGCUUACUUUUUCUUUGGUCUCAUUUUCCGAAGCAUGGCCGAGUAUUCUAACUAUGUCACGUCUAGCUUUCCAACCCAAAAUCAGAGAAUAGAGAUUGAUAAAAUAAUGAACAGAGAAGACAAGGUUAACAAAGACGUCAGAUCGAAUAUAUUUUCUCAGCCAUUUCUGGAUGAUCUAGUUUCCCUGGUUAACCUGGUAACCGUAGACGUGUGCACGCGAUCCCCUUUAACAAGUGCCCGGGAUCUGAACAUCAAUUUGGCCUAUUUUGUUAGAGACCUUCUUUACUUGGUAGAGCCCGGCUUUGUUGCCAACCUCGUUAAAUCUUACCACCGUCAAAUAGGACUCAAGAUACAAACCAUAUCGGAUCCAUCCUUUUUGAUCGGCGCGAAGCUUGAUUUUCUUGAGAUUUUGUCAGAACAUGAGCAUUUUAUUUCCCUUAAUUUGCCCUUUCAUGUGCCCUGGGCAAAUGAACUAGAAAAAAAAGUGCCCCCUUCUACGACCUCUUUGUUAGAAAAAGAGUCUUUCUCAACUCAUAUCUCUUUUUUUAGUAAUAAUAAAAAGAUAGAACCUUUUAAUCGACAUCAUGGAAAUGAAGAAAGUGCCCAUGAUUACAAGACUGAAAAUUCGACUUUGGAUCGAAUGAUUCCACUCGAAUUUAAGCAGCAACAUUACUACAUAGGUCUAAUUUUGAUGGAUCUAAUGUCCGUGUUAGAGAUUAGGUACUCUCACUGUCACAACAAAGCUAUUCUUAUCAUGUUAAAGCUGUUGGCGGCUCACGACUUUGAUAAACGAUUUCACGAGAAUCUUACAAAUGUGAUGAACGGUGAUAAUACGUAUCCAAUGAUAGGCAAAGGAAUGGGAAAGUUGAUAAAAACUCGACUAGCUUCUUUGUAUUUCCCUUUUCUGACUAUUAUAUUGAAUUCAAUUUCUCAAUUGUGCGAUAAUUUUUCCCAUUUACCAAAUGACAGAACAAAAACCACUAAAAAAACAUCAAAUCGAAACUCACUCACAAUUGAAGGUGAAUCUCAGUGUAGCCCUCUUGCCUCUAUAUUUUUCUCCGAUAACUCCAGGCAUAGCAUGUCAGACGAAAUCUUGGAACAAUUAUUUGCAGGCCCUAAGAUAGCUUUAAACGAAGAAAGUACUAAACACAUGCUAAUAUGUUUCUUGUGGAUUCUCAAAAACGUUGAUAAAUCUUUAUUGAAAAACUGGUGGUCUGAGCUAACUUACAUACAACUGGGGCAGUUUUUGGAAUUACUUUAUCUUGUUAUUCAGUCUUUCGAAUACAAAGGGCAAGAGAUUGUUAGAAGUCAUUUGAUCCAUAACACGGAGAAUCUGAAAUCCCGCUUAGAAGAUGCUAUCAUAGGCACACUUAAUGCUCGUUCCGAAAUGAUGGCUAGAAGGAAAGAUAGCUCUUGUAUCCCUAAUUCUUGCAUUAAUGAUCAUAAUGUAAUCUCAACUACUCCUGGACAACUUGAACUUAAUCUCAAUCCUUUAUUAUUCAAUAAGGUGUCUUGUAAUUCUCCCAACACCACUUUACUUAGAUGGAGAAAAGAUACUUGGAGAUCAUCGAACAUAAGCGAUGGUUCUAUGAUAAUUAAUAACACCAAUAUUGUCAACGGGUGUAAUAUGCUUAACUACGGGAACCUAGAAUAUAAAACAAACUCAUUGUAUACCUCUCAAAAAAUCAUACUCGAAAAAAAUUUGUGUGCUGAAACGGCCUUAAUAGUAUUGGACACAAUGGAAUUGUUUAUACAGUUUUUGACGCAUCAUGAAUACAAUAAAACGUUGAUUAUGGGGUUGAUUAGAAUAAUACUAAAAAUGUUUUCCUGUAAUCAAGGUGUCCAAGUCUUGGAAAAUAUAUUUGCUACACAAAGAUCCAUUGUCAAUAAGUAUUCGGAACUAUUGUUCGAAGAAGAAACUCACACAUGUCGCAACUUGUGCAGCCAACUCUUAACUCACGCCUGUUCAAGUAUAUCAGCCAUACGUUCUCAAGCAACUGGUUCGCUUUAUCAUUUGAUGUUUAAAAAUUAUGAAACGGGGGGUAACAGUUUUGCUUUAGUUAAGACCCAAAUAACCGUGUGCCUUAGUUCUCUCGUUGGUGGAGGAGAUAGUUUUGAUAAAAGAGAAUGCAGUGGAUUAUUAUACCCCAGCAAUUUAGAUUCUUAUCUUAGGCGUUCGCUAAAAACACUCUUGACUUAUGCGGAACAAGAUACACACAUGAGGGGAACCUCUUUCCCUCGUCAAGUCCAAGCCCUUGCCUCCACCCUGGCUAGCAUUCUGACUGACACAGCCAAAAUAAUCAAAUAUCGAACUGAUCCCGAAAUGCUACUUGAUUGCAUGCACCGUGUAGCCGAUGGUUACAGAGACUCCCCAGACCUCAGGCUGGCUUGGCUUCACAACAUGGCGGCUGAACACAGCCGACGUUCAGCACACUCAGAGGCGGCACAAUGCUUAAUUCAUGCAGCAGCAGCGGUAAACGAACGCCUGCAAGCUGCUCGAGACAGAUUUUACCUUCCAAGUGGAGCCUCAGCUUAUGCUUCCAUAUCUGACAACGUUAUUGCGGAUGAAUCCGUCACGUCCAUCUUCGACUAUAACACAUCUAAUUCGAAUGGGAAUGAAUCUACAGCAACAGAUUCUAAAUACUUUUCGGAGACCGGGCUUGUGGGUUUGCUUGAACAAGCGGCUAGUUCUUUUUCCAUGGCUGGCGAAUAUGAGCUCGUUAACGAAGUGUACAAGUUAGUGAUACCUAUUCGAGAGAGGUACGGUGACGCCAAGAAGCUAGCUGGCGUUCAUGGAAAGCUUCACGAGAUAUUUAACAAGAUAGUUUUGAGAAAUGAAGAAGAAACUAGUGGUAUUGGAAAUGCGGGUCCUAAGCGUGUUUCUGUUCAAUAUUUUGGGGCCACUUAUUUUCGAGUAGGAUUCUACGGGGCUCGGUUUGGCGAACUUGAUCGUGAAGAAUAUAUAUACAAGGAACCAGCUGUUACUAAAUUAUCAGAAAUAACUGACAGGCUUCUCAGUUUUUAUGGGGCGAAAUUUGGAGGUUCUGGAUUUAACCAAGUAGAUAUCGUAGAAUGUAUCAAAGAUAGUAAUCGCGUUGAUAUUUCGACUUUGGACCCCGCCAAGGCUUGUCUACAGAUAACGUAUGUUGAGCCAUACUUCGAUGUUUCAGAACAGCUAGUUCGUAAAACAGCGUUCGAACGCUGCUAUAAUGUCAGACGUUUUGUUUACGCAACACCCUUUACUUUAGACGGAAGGUCUCACGGUCGAUUGCAAGAGCAGUACAAGCGGAAAACGAUACUCACGACUCAGCGCUCGUUCCCUUACAUCAAAACACGAAUCAAAGUUGUGGAUAGAGAUCAGAUAGUCCUCACUCCUAUCGAGGUAGCCAUUGAAGACCUGGAGAAGAAGUGCAAAGAAUUACGUGAAGCUACUCGUAGGCAAGACGCAAAAAUACUGGCGAUGGUUUUGCAGGGUUCUUUAGGCCCCACUGUUAACAUGGGACCUUUGCAAAUGGCUGAAACAUUUCUAACACCCGUCAUUAAGGGCCUGACAAGGCCGACUAUUCACCACAAUAAGCUUAGGGUUUGUUUCAAAUUGUUUAUGCUAUGCUGCAAGGAUGCCCUUGUACGAAAUAAGGCCUUGUGCGAUAUAGAACAGAAGGAUUAUCAAAGGCAAAUUGAAAUCAACUAUCAACAGUUAAGUGGGCAGUUGAGUUCAAUUAUUAAUAAUAAAAUCACUCAGAAAUUUGUAUAAUUAUUUUAUUAAAUAAAACUUAUUAUUUUCAAACGUAUUGGGCAUUUAAAUUUUUUACAUUUGAUGUACUAUUUUUUUAAAAUGUGUAAUAUAUGCACUACCAUAUUUAGCUAAAUUAUUAAAAUUUAAU